AUGGGAGAGGAACAUAAGCCGCUUUUGGAUGCCUCUGGGGCAGAACCUGCUAAGGAGGAUGCUACCGCUACAGCAAUCUUGAGAAGGAAGAAGAAGGACAAUAUGCUUCUGGUUGAUGAUGCUAUCAACGAUGAUAACUCUGUGAUUGCGAUCAACUCAAACACGAUGGACAAGCUAGAGUUGUUCCGCGGAGAUACGGUGAUGGUUAAGGGUAAGAAGAGAAGAGACACGGUACUAAUUGUGUUGAUCGACGAUGAGUUGGAUGACGGAGCUUGUAGAGUCAACCGUGUGGUUCGUAAUAAUUUGAGGAUUAGAUUGGGUGAUUUGGUCACAAUUCACCCUUGUCCGGACAUCAAAUACGCUUCGCGGAUUUCAGUGUUGCCGAUCGCAGAUACGAUCGAGGGUCUAACGGGUAAUCUGUUUGAUGUGUUCUUAAAGCCAUACUUUGUGGAAGCGUACAGACCGGUGAGGAAAGGGGAUCACUUUGUCGUGAGAGGUGGUAUGAGACAGGUUGAGUUCAAAGUGGUCGAUGUGGAGCCCGAUGAGUUUGCCGUGGUGGCCCAGGACACGAUCAUCCACUGGGAAGGUGAGCCCAUUAACAGGGAGGACGAGGAAAACAACAUGAACGAUGUUGGUUACGAUGACAUUGGUGGUUGCCGUAAGCAGAUGGCGCAGAUCAGGGAAUUGGUUGAACUGCCUCUCAGACAUCCACAGCUUUUCAAAGCUAUCGGUAUCAAGCCUCCUAAAGGUGUGCUGAUGUACGGUCCUCCUGGUACCGGUAAGACUCUUAUGGCCAGAGCCGUCGCCAACGAAACCGGUGCUUUCUUCUUCUUGAUUAAUGGUCCGGAAGUCAUGUCGAAGAUGGCUGGUGAGUCUGAGUCGAAUUUGAGAAAAGCAUUCGAGGAAGCUGAAAAGAACGCCCCAGCAAUCAUUUUCAUCGAUGAGAUCGAUUCGAUUGCUCCAAAGAGAGAUAAGACUAAUGGUGAAGUCGAAAGAAGGGUUGUUUCUCAGUUGUUGACUUUGAUGGACGGUAUGAAAGCAAGGUCUAACGUCGUCGUGAUUGCUGCCACCAACAGGCCAAAUUCCAUCGACCCCGCUUUGAGAAGAUUCGGUAGAUUCGACCGUGAAGUCGACAUCGGUAUCCCCGAUGCUACCGGUAGACUGGAGGUUUUACGUAUCCACACCAAAAAUAUGAAAUUGGCGGAUGACGUCGAUUUGGAGGCACUUGCAUCAGAGACUCAUGGUUAUGUUGGUGCUGAUAUCGCCUCGCUCUGUUCAGAAGCUGCUAUGCAACAAAUUCGUGAAAAGAUGGAUCUCAUCGAUUUGGAAGAAGAAGAAAUCGAUGCGGAAGUUCUGGAUUCCUUGGGUGUCACCAUGGAUAACUUCAGAUUUGCUCUUGGUAACUCUAACCCAUCAGCAUUGCGUGAGACUGUCGUCGAGAGCGUCAACGUCACUUGGGAUGACAUUGGUGGUUUGGAUGAAAUCAAGGAAGAGUUGAAGGAAACUGUUGAAUAUCCAGUUCUGCAUCCAGAUCAAUAUACCAAAUUUGGCUUGGCCCCAUCCAAGGGUGUUUUGUUCUACGGUCCACCAGGUACUGGUAAGACGUUGUUGGCCAAGGCUGUGGCCACGGAAGUCUCCGCUAACUUUAUCUCUGUUAAAGGUCCCGAACUACUAAGCAUGUGGUACGGUGAAUCAGAAUCUAACAUUCGUGAUAUUUUCGACAAAGCUAGAGCUGCUGCACCAACAGUCGUUUUCUUGGAUGAACUGGAUUCUAUUGCUAAAGCAAGAGGUGGGUCCGUUGGAGAUGCCGGUGGUGCUUCCGACAGGGUAGUGAAUCAAUUAUUGACCGAAAUGGACGGUAUGAAUGCCAAGAAGAACGUCUUCGUCAUUGGUGCCACAAACAGACCAGAUCAAAUCGACCCGGCAAUCCUAAGACCAGGAAGAUUAGACCAAUUGAUUUAUGUUCCAUUGCCCGACGAAGCGGCAAGAUUGUCUAUCUUAAAGGCUCAAUUGAGAAAGUCUCCGCUAGAACCUGGCCUGGAUCUAAACACCAUUGCAAAGGCAACUCAAGGCUUCUCUGGUGCAGAUUUAUCUUACAUUGCCCAAAGAGCCGCCAAAUUCGCCAUUAAGGACUCUAUCGAAGCGCAAAAGCAAUUGGACUCCAAGAAGUCCGUCAAGACUGAAGAAGAUGUCGAGAUGGAUGGAGAAACCAAGCAAGAGAUCAAAGAAGAAGAACAGGAGGAUCUCGUCCCAUACAUAACAAAAGAGCAUUUUGCUGAGGCCAUGAAGACAGCUAAGCGCUCGGUCUCCGACGCUGAGCUGCGUCGUUACGAAGCGUACUCUCAGCAGAUGAAGGCCUCUAGGGGACAAUUCUCCAACUUCAGCUUUAACGAUGCAGCACUUGGCGUUAAUGGCGCCGGUAAUGGCUCUGGAGCAGGCAACAACGUUAAUCCAAGUGGAGCAGGUGCAGCCUUUGGUGGUGAUGCCCAGGAUGAUGAUGAUUUGUACAGUUAG